AUGCCGAACGACGACCACAGCGCCGCAGAGGACCGCUGGGUUCGCACCGUUGUGGAGGAGAUCCGACGCUUCCAAUCUCUCAGGCCUCGCCCAGGGAGGGUCCUCCGCUACACCCCGAUGCCGCCGGCGUUCAUGGUCGCGGAGAAGUUGGAGAAGCUGGCUGGGCUCCAAGGCUACAGCGCGUGGCCCGAGGCCAGUCGCAUCGCCGCCGCCGCGGAGGCCGAGGGCUUCGCCGCAGCCUCCGCGUACGCCGCCGGCAAGUCCCUGGCUACCGACGAGGAGCGGGCCGACGUCUUCAAGAAGUACAUCAAGGAGGUGUCGGGUACCGCCAAACGCUACGCCAUGUCCCGACCCCAAGCCGCCGGCACCUCAAGGUCAGGGCCCGCUGCUCAACCGCCUCCUGCCGCUUCCGUCGCUGUCGUCUCAGGGCCCGUGCAGCAACCGGGGCUGCCGUCGGCGUCUGUUCCGCGAUCUCCAUCCGCUCCCGAGGAGUAG